CGGGCAGGAUCGUUUGUGUAAAUGCUUUUGAAAGGCCCUAUCAGCGCGCGAGGCGCCAAUUUUGAUCUGUGAGCGGUUUUGGGCCGGUGCUGUGCCCCCGCAGGGAGCCACACACAACAUGGAGUCUAAUGCUGGGCAAAAUCACAGGCUGCAGCAAUGUCUCGAGGAAAGCCGAAGCCGUUUCCAGACGUUAAUGCAGCGGCUGAUAGCGAAGUACAACCAGCCGUUUAAGGAUGACCCGUUGGUGCAGAUGGCCACGCUGACCUACGAGACGUCCCAGGGAUUGAGAGUUUGGGGAGGAAAGCUGGUAAAGAAAGAAGACAAGGAACAAACUCAGGAUCCUUGUGUGAAGAUGAUUGACAGAGUGAAUACUCAAGCUCCAGAAGGCGAUUCAGAGAGCAGAGGUGCGGAUACAAACUUAGAGGCGGAGGACCGGCCAUCUUGCAACUUGACGCCUAUAGUGCCUGGAAACGCCUUAAGAACUGAUUUAAGAAAGAAGUACUUGCCCCAGGUGGAUAUACUGCUUCAAGAUGCAGAAUAUUUUAAGAACGCAGAGAAGGAAGGUGGAAAAGACACAGUCGUGAUCUCAUUUUCUUCGGUGACCUCACCUGUCACACCAGCCCAUGGAUGCCAGGAUGGUAUCUCUGCAAAGAGCGUUAGUGGUCCUGAAGUAUCUGCUUCAUCCUCCAGAGACCAGGCUCCCUCAUGCCCUGGCCCAGCUGACAUGACCACUGUGACUACAAAUGACAGCUUCUCCUUACUAGGGACCAGCACCAACAGCGUAAGCAACCAGACCUUUGAGGUUGAUGACGUUUGCAGCGCGACAAUCAGUGAUCUAUAUGAGGGCAUGAUGCAUGCCAUGAGCAGGCUGCUGUGCUUAAAGCCGUCCUGCAUCAUCUCCACCAAGACCCACGUCAACCAGAACUGGAAGCUCAAAAGGAGGCUCACAAGCAAGCAUGGGGUACACAGGAACAUGACAUACUGCCACAGGAGCAAGGCCUCCCAGAGGAGAUCCAGGAAGGAGCCUGUGCCCUGCUCGGAGCCCAGGAAAGAGGCCAGAAUAUUAAGAGACUCCAAGAACUUACUGCAUGUUGCUCCCCCCCGCAAGACAGACUUAGAACUGAAAAGUGUUUCUCUUGAGGGAAGCCAACUCCAAGUCCAUAAAUUCAGUCCAGCUCACAAGGAGCUCCAGAUGAUGCCUCAGAAGUACUUGGACUUAAAUCUUGACCCAGAAAAUAGGGUGAAAGAAUUACAGUGGCUAAUUUCACCCGUUAAGAUGUUCCCCAGACGAAAGGUGCCUCCAGGUCAAGUAGAGAAGUAUUGCAGAGAGAUUAAAAACAAAUUUGACAAACUUCAUGAGGAAUAUUGCCUGUCUUCUGGGAAACAGCCUUGCCUGACUGGCCCCACAGAGUCUUGUGCUGCAAACUUGUACAGAAGUGGUUCUAAAAGCCCAGGUAACCACCAGGAUGUAAAAACCCACAGGCCGAGUUUACCUUUUAGCAGAGAAAAGAUAGAAAGUCCAGCUGAAGGUUUUGAAGACCUGAGGGUAAAGUCUGUCAAAACAGAGAGCUGUCUUCUGAAGAGUGUUCCCUCUCCAGAAGACAGCCUGUCUCGAAGCCCAGACCAUUCUCAGCAGAGGUCUGGCCUUCUUCAAGAACACUAUUCUGAAUCAAUCGGAAGGGCAGUAGGGCCCAGUACAACUAUUUCAGCGCCGGGUACAGGCUCUGCAGGCUGUGGGAAGAAUAACUACGAUGAACUUAAAAGAGAAUUCAACAGACUUUAUCAGAAGUAUUGCCUGGCAUCACCUCAGCGGGUGAGGGUGAGGAUGACUUUGCAUGACAGAGCAUCUCCAGUGAGAGCUGCCGCAGCUGCUCCCAGUUGGUCAAAGCGCUUGAAGAGAUUAAAUCCAGACUCUCCACUCCAGAGUUCCCAGACAUGGUCAACAUCUCCUGGCUGGCACACAAGAAUCCCACAGGAUUCAGCUGUACUUGAGGCUCACGAGUCUGCAACAAAGAGGCGCAGGUUGUCAUACCCGGUAUUGUGUGACAAGGCUGGGUCUCUAGAUUCCUCAGAAGCAGCAGGCUGGCCCUGAGUGUCCUGACUGCCGAUCAGUUGUUGUCUGUUGGACAUGAUGCGAAAGAAAGGAGGUCACCAGAGAGCUUAGUUCAGAACCUGCAUCCUCACCCAGCCUGUGUCCUCAACUUUUUGCUUAUGUCCCUAGCUGUCCCAGGAAUAGAUAGAGCUGUGUCCCUUCCCCUCCCGUCUGGACCUUCCUCCAGCUCUAGAGCCAAUGAAAUCCUACCACUUUGUCUUAGAACCCUGUCUUGUUAUGUAGCCCAAACUGAUCUUGACCUUGUGGUCCUCCUGCCUCAGCCUUCCUAAGAAGCUGGGGUUAUAUGUGUGCAAUGUGCCCUGCCUUUGAAGUCCCACCUGCCUGGUCCUUACCCAGAUGAAAUCUUGCUUUUACUACAUCCUGGAGACCUCUCUUGCCUGACUGCUAGUGGGGACUUUGGCUCAUAGGGAGUUGAAUCAAGUUGCUGGUUAGUGGCAGUCACAGUGCCUAGGGCUUCUUCGUUGGCACCCAGGAGUUCCUUACCACUCCUUGGAAGUCAGUCUAUCCUUAGGGCCUUUACCAGAUAGAUGCCUUCUCUAGUCCCAUCGUCAGCCAUACUAAACGCUAAAUAGCUUCAUUUUCUGUUUCUACUUCGGCUAUAAAUUACAUGGAGAUGUCCACAUUCAGUGACAACAUGAAGGAUAUUAGAAGCUAGUUCCUUCUUUGUGCUAGACCAGUAAGCCUUUUAUGUACCUUACUCUAGCUAUCCUUCGGUGACAGGGCAGUCUCUGUCUCUCAGGAAGAAGACACCUUGUGUCUGCUGACUCCUAAGAUCACUCAGAUUGGACUGAUGUACCUCCAGGACACACAGCUGGCGUAGCAGCAACCUGUCUUUGCUGCUGUUACAAUGUGCCUUGAGUUCUUUAUCAACAUAAGAUUUGCCACUGCAGGCGGUGCAGUAGAGCAGACAUUGGGCAUUCAGUGGCAGGCUUUGAAGAACUACUGGGAUUGUACUUAAAAUUAUCUUUCAUCAGUCAGGACAGAAAAAUGAUUUUUUUUUCCGUUAGGAAAAUUUUAAAGUUGAAAAAUCUUGUCUCCCCCCAGCCUCUAGUUCUGUUUUUUAGAUGGAAUCUCUGUCACCGUCACCUACACUGGCCUCAGAUGCACCUCAGGCACGCGGUACCACAGCUGCCUGCUCCACCUUAGCAUUGCUUGUGUGCUGUGCUGCUUGACCUCCCUGCCCUGAUCCCUCCAGGGCAGCUGCUACUAAGGAAAGUGCUUGGUGUGGUGUUUCAAAUAAAGUUGUAUAGUUAGUGUUUUUAAUGGCA